AUGGAUGAGCUAGAAGCCACUAUCAGCUGGGAAUUAUUCAUAAAAAAAGGGAGCUUCGAAUCUCUUAGGCGUUUCGGGGAAAUCGUGUUCCAGAAGUACAAUUUUAAUGAGAAUUGUAUGAAAUCUGUACGGUCAAGAAAUUUCCUGAAAUUACAUGAAUUACCAAGUGGAUGUGUUCAAUACUUGCUUGACGCUUUAUGUGACCAGUGUAGUUCUGUUCUCUCAACAUGCAAUCGAAGAAGCGGAAACAACGACAGUGAUGACGAAAUAAUUAUGGAGAAGUUCAACAGCCUUAUUUACAUUCUAAAACUGCUGUGUUUAUUUGGCAGAAAUGAAGAUAUUAGAAGGUUAUUAGUUGAAGGAGAACGUUUGCAUCAAGCUUUGCCAAAUCUGUUGAUAUUGGCUUGUAAUGCAGCAAUGUGUAUACCAAAUCUUUCAGAAAUCUUUGGUCUCACUAUUGAUUUAAUUGAAGUUUUACAUGAUCCUCAUUGUAUGUGGAGACAGUGGAAAAAUAGUUAUCGUGAUCAAAAGUUAGAAAACAUGAAAUUCUCUAAUUAUAUACCCCCAAUGCCAAAAGACUUACUGUGCAAUAUUUCCUCCAGCUUAUUUGGUUUGAUGAAACAGUGCAGUGAUAGAACUGAAAUUCAAACUCUCUUGAUUGAUGCCUACUGCUCUCUAUCAGUUGGGUGUCGUGAUUUCGUCCAACCCAAUCAUGUGCAUGACUUGGUUUCUCUGCUCAGUGGAUCAUUUCAGCAAAACUCACAACAAUCCGAUGUUCACUCUCAAACAAAGAAGUCUAUUAUUGUGCAUGAUAUAGACAAAAAGUCUUUUCCUGAAUAUGAAUUAUCGAACAGUACUUCUCCCAGUGUAACUAAAGCUAUCUCACCAGUGAAAGCUGAUCUUGACAACUAUUUAAAUAUAUAUGACAACUUUCCUAUCUCACUUACAGUUGCAGCAAGUUUUAUAGUCUAUGUUCUAAGCCUUCAGGAAUCGAGUAUGGCAUCAUUGAAGUCUGUGCUGGAUCAGUUUCGUUCUGACAUUAGUGAAAGAGGAUGCUUAUCCACUGUUGAUUACCAUUAUCAAAUCUUGCUUAUCCAAUUAUCAAGUCGUAUUAGAACAUGCUAUCAGUUUCAUCCAGAAAUUCUUUUGUCGGAUAUUCAAUUGACAUUGAACAACUGUUCAGGUGAUAAUCACUUCCAAUACAUGCUGACUUUCUUAGCAUCUUUGGAUUUGGAUAAAUCCUGCUUGUAUGCUUUUAAGCAAUCGGUAAAAGAGGAUGCUUCACCAAUACCUCCACCAUCUUGCACUCAACGAUUUCCUAAGUACUUUUAUGAUAAGCUAGCAGAGUACAUAUGUUCUUCUUAUGCCAUUGGAUCAAAGUUAAACACUGAUCAAUGUUUAAUGAGUUCUCUCUCACCAUAUGUCAUCGGUAAAUGUUUAUUGUCUUGGACUUUUGGAAGGUUACCCAUUUGUAUCGAUCCACAACUCGAAAAUAUAAUGGAUCGAUGUUCCAACCAGGAUGUUUUGGAUUCCUAUACAAGUGUCAUUGUUCAUGGGGAUAUUCUCAUUGUUUUGUUUAAAUGGAUCACCUACCUAUGGGCUGAUUACAAAACAAAUGGAGGGCAUCCUAAUGAAUUAACACAUUUGGCCUUGUUUAACAUGAUUAAUCAAAUUUUAAAAAUAAUUAUGGAUUGUUUAUUGAAUAGAAAUUCAGUUGGACAGUUGAGCAGAGCACAUUGUUGUGAAGUGGGAGUAAUUCGGUUUGGAAUCAUUCCAAAUAUCAUUAAAUUAUGUGACAUAUUAAGAGAUAAGUUGAUUCUUAUAAUGGAUACGCAGCAGCCCGAAGAGUUGAAGAAAACCAAAAACGAAUUUUAUCAAACACGCAGAAUUUUUGAAAUGUUUUUACAAAUACUCGAAUCCCUUGGUGAAUUUUCAAUGUCUGCACCAGAUCUUGCUGACUUUUUACGAAUGUUUCGUUCAGAAUCUGUCAGGAUAUUUUGCAGUCAAAUAUUACAGGUUCUUGUAAAGAUUACAAAAAUAACUCAGUUAAAUCUUGGUCCAUUACCGAAUUCUGGCAAUUGGUUACAGUUUAGUCAACCACACGACAGUAUUCUAGUAGCACCAAUUGGCCCCGAAUUGGAAAAUUUGAAGUUGAAUAAGAAAAUUAACGCAACAUUAAAAACUUCAUCAGUAUUUCGUAAAACAAUGUCAACUGAUUUAAGUUUACACUUCUGGUUGUCAGUUGACGAUCAAUCUAUCGAUGCAAAUAAAUUAUCUAGUAAUAGAUUUCAACAAAUCAUUCCAAAACGAUAUUGUCUUUUUCGUCUUUUGUGCUCAAAUGGAAGUGGAUUGGAGAUAUUUUUUAACAUACAUGGUUACCUAAUAGUUGCUUCAGCGACACAAGAAGAUUUUCACUAUGUUAUGACAUGUGGACCGGAUAAAAUAACACCAAACACAUGGCAUUCAGUUGCAGUUGUAUUUUGUCAUUCUCGACGCCUUUUAGUCAAUCGAUCUAUACUCAAGGUUCUUGUUGAUGGUAAUGUAUGCUACUCUGGAGAUUUUCCUCAUCCUCGACCUGAUGGAGAUAUCUCCAUUCUUCAUAUUGGCGGUUGCCCAAACUGGGUUGAUCAAGUUGUCUAUUCAAAACUGUUGUGUGAUAUAGCAUUGAAAGCUGGUCGUUCUAAAUCAGUAAUAACCGCACAGAAGAUUGUUGGUAAACGUGCCUAUGCGACUAGAGAAGUAGUUUCUGUAUCUUCAGGAGCAUCACAAGUACGAAGAAAGAUAAGUAGUACUUCUGGACUGGAUGAAUUGUUUUCAAAAUCAGUUGGAAUCGGUGUUGUACGAAAAGUUGGCCUAGGAACUGAACGCAUAGUAUGGGGAUCAAUGAAUUCUUUUCAAGGGAAAUUGAUUUCUUGUGCAAUGUUUAAUGAAGCUGUACCGGAUACCACUUGGCAAACACUUGCAUCGAUUGGACCAUGUAAUCUUACAUACCUUUUGGACAACGAAGGUUAUAAUUUGACCAAUGCCAGUUUGAAUAAUAGUAAUCUUAGUGGUAGUUAUUCUUCAACCAAUUCUUAUGAUGAUCAUUCUAUCAAUACAACUGCAAUGAACUCAAGUAAAAUCGUAUUCUACUAUCAUGCUAAAGCAGUAGAUUUGUUAAAUUCAAUUUGUUCUGAAUUGUCAAGUGAAAAUUUAGGCUUAGAUAAUAGUUUUCAGUUUAAUGAAGAAUCAUUUGUUGCAGAAAAUGAACAUAGUUUUAUUAUUGAUGAAGCUAAACAUGAUGACUAUUUAUGGUUGAAUCAUGUUAAAUUUAAAUGCUUAAAUUAUGGUGGCUUGCCGGCAACAUUAUUAGGUCCUAAACGAAUAGAAUUAAUUUCGAUUCAUGAUUCGAUUAAUCGAAUCGGUGGUAUGGCUGUACUGUUACCAAUAUUCAAACUACUUCGACGAUUUCCAUCAGUUAGUUCUUUCGAUGAAUCGAAAAAAUCAAACUCUAAUGCAUUCAGUUUGUCAUCGGAUGACUUCAGUAUGACUGAUCUUCUUGUCUGUGCACAUCAUCGAUAUACAAAUGAUUUGUAUACUAUUUAUGAUGAACUGACUACCACAACACAUGCAACAAGAAAUACUGAUUCAACUGUGAAUACCACCUUGAGUACUACUGAAAAUGCACCUGGCAGUGUUACAGCAAAUGAAUUGACUGGCUCUCGUUCUCAUCUGUAUUCCAUCUUAAAUCUCAGUUUGGCUUCUUUAAGUGUUAAAAGUGAACGGAAAAGUUCUUCUGGUUUAAUUGAAUUAGAUUCUUCACUGAAUAACAGCAGUGUGGCGAAUUUGCUCUUAAUUAUUAGGAAUUUGAUUCUAUCAAAACCCGAAUAUGGAGCACAAUUUUUACGUGCCGAUUUAUUGCUACCGCUUGUACAUCUUUUGGCAAAACUUCAUCCAUUACGCUUUGAUACACAAGUGGUUUCGGUAACUCAUGAUCUCUUUCGUGUUCUUGUCUACCAACUUGGAACUAAGCAAACUGCCUUAAAUAUGAAUACAACACUAUAUAAUUGGUUUGGCAGUCAAGGCAAUCAGACACCAACAGAAGAUGGUCUAUUCCUUGUCUUACAUUUCGUUUUAGAUUGGGAUUUGUGGUAUAGACCAAAUUUAGUUGCUAUUCUAUUACAUUUACAAAAGUUGAUACGAUUGAUUCAUUCAUACAACAGUUUACUGAAGGAGAUAUCGGUUCCUGCGUUGUUAGAAGCACUUGUGAAGUAUCAUAAUAUUUUAGGUUCAUGCCUAAACUACCUAGAGGGGAGUCCUUCUUCACUGCAAUGUUUUGAUUUUACGGCAUCCAAUUUUCCGUCAACAAUUAAUGGAAUAGAGGAUAUAGAUGCACACGAAAAAUUUAUUAUCGAUCAGAUAAGAAUACAUGUUUGUAAACUAAUUGAAAUGAAAAUCAAGCCGAAAACACAGAUCAAAGAUUUAAUGACACUGAUUAAUUUUAUAACUACUUGUCCAAGUAUGAUAUUGGUGAGACAUGUGAUCAAUAUGUUGAUGUAUUGCUUCGAUCAUUCAAGCUCUGGUGAUCAAUUAACUUUAUUAAUUUAUGAAUCAGACGUAGCUGUACGCAUGUACAGUUUACUACUGAAGUCUAAUUUUCAAGUGGAUCUUGAAACUAAGAAACUAGUCUUAAAGUUCAUUCACAAAUUAGCCUUAUCCGAUCGCGUUGCCGACAAGUAUAAACAUCAGUUAUACCUUAAAGACUGGGGUGGAUUCAUUUCAUUGUUCACUACAGAUCCUAGCAUGAUGGGAUUUCUUCAAGAUUAUGAAGUUGUUAAACUUUUCUUGGAUUUGUUAGGACGUGGUCCUUCAUAUGAUAUUAUGGGGUUGCUGCGUUUAUGGGAUCUGUUAUAUCAAUGCCCCGUGCGGUCUCGUCUAUUAUUAGUCAAUGUGUUCAAUGAUAUUUUUAACAAAUCACCAAAGUUUGUCACUGAAACUCUAGGUCAUGUACCAUCAUUUCCAGAUUCCUUUUUCCAAUUAUUAGUUAAAUGCCCUAAGGAGAGUAUGAGUCAACGUGAUCGAAUCUCAGCAUCCCGAUUUGGGCUAACAAGAAUUCGUUUCCCAACAAGAAUUUUAAGCAGAAUCAAUCCGAAAGGCAUAGAUAUGAAUAGUGAUUCAGGUCAAGGCAAUUCAUUAGCCUCACAAAGUGGAGAAAUGAUUUCACCAACACUGCUACAAGCUCAUUCAUCUAGAUUACCGUCUUUAACGAACAGUGAAACAGACUCAGUAUUCGGUAGUUCAGUUUGCAGUUGUUAUUCAAUGGAAGCAGCGCAAAUUUAUAAUGAAGAAAAAUGUCAAAAUGAUGGAAAGAUAUCUAAUUCAUUGCCUUGUUCAAGAGUAAAAUCGAAUUCUAUCAAUAUUCCAGAGAAUAUUUCAACAAGUCGUUCGCCAACUUCAAUAAUAAAUAACUCUGAUGUAAACUACACACGGAUUAAUCAGUUGACAGCCAGUUCUACUCCUAAUCGGUACCAUCAUGCUAAUACUAACAGUGGUAGUGUUAUAAGUAGUUCUGUAACUAAUUCUGAGCAGAUAUUUUCUGAAAAUAUCGAAGUUCUAGAAGAAACCUUAAGUGAAUUAGUCGUCAAGUGUUUACAUGAAAUUUUGUGGUCAUCUGGUCAGUUAGAACGUUGGCAUUUAACUACAACAAUUACACAUGAUGAUCCAUGGAUGGGUUACUACAGAGCUGUAAUGUCCCUUGUGGAAAUUAGUAGUCAAAACACAAUGGUAAAACCUGCAUUCUGGAUUAUCCAACGGCUUUUUGAAUUGAUAACUCAUUCUUUAGCCCAGUCAUUGCACAAUUUCAAUCAAGAUCUAUCAUUCCCUGGAUUGAUUGAUAAAGAAAGGGUUAAAAAACUUGUUCAUUUGUUCAUGACAUUUUUAGUUGAUGUUACCUGUAAUCAUACAAAUUUAAUUGAUGAUGAGUAUAGAGUAGAGCUCAUGGAGGCUGUAAUGAAUUUAUUACAGGAAUCACUACUUGUCUGGGAGUUGAAUUCAUCACAAUGGAAAGAAGUUCAAGCUUUAGCUAUGCACUUACUUCUCAUGUGGAUCACUGAUAUAAGUUGUCCCAAUUCUCGUCUAUUUGUUCGUUCAUUAACCAGAUUACAUUAUAUUAUCUGUCAGUUUGAGGUAAAGUCAUGUUAUGAAGAGAUAGCAUUUCUUGUAUAUCGUUUGGACAAAGUGAUUGAAAUGUGGUCGCGACUUGAAGAAUUUCAAACUGUUGUUAGUAUGCGUAAAAUGCAAGAAAUAGAUGAAGAGGGUGGUGAUAAUCAUACUAGAACAUGCGAACACAAAUCAAUAAAACAGUCCCAAGUCUCAACAUCUGAUACUGUAGACACAUCAUUCUGUUCUCAAUAUGAUAUAAAUACCACAUUACCCACUGGGAUAAAUCCAUUUGCCCAUCAAACAGAUCGUGAAUAUCAAGAAUUAUUUUUACAUUUGACACCAAUUAUAUUCAAAAUAUUUAAAGACCAUAGCAGAUUGUUGGAAAUGGAAAAAUAUGCACCUAACAUUCCGAAAAUGACAGCUGAUUUUCCAGAAAAAUUUAAAGUUUAUCGAUCUAUACCUGACGGUGAAUGGCAAUGUUUUCUCAAUGAUCGUCUUCAGCCCAUAGUUGAAUCCUACACAGCUCGUUUCAUAAUAGAUGCAGCAUCAACUCAAAGCCUAUAUCGUGCAGAGGCAAGUGAAGAAAUUGCACGAUCUCGGCACUAUCAAAAACGGCAUAUCGAAAGUAUGUCUUCCAAAUUCCAUGCAUAUAUUUCAUCUGAACCAAAUGAUAAAUCUGGAGAACUUAAUAAUGGGUUACAAGUUCAAUACAUUCCUCAAACUUAUAGCCAGUUAACCAGUCGUACAUCCCCUCGAACGAGAGGUAUAAGUUCACUUUUAAGUUCAACGGAAAUCAAAUCUGAGUCGUCACGCUCUUCUGUUAUCAUGGGAAGACAGUUAAAGGAACAAACGGAAAAGAAUAGUAAAUUAAGAGAAUUGGAAAAACGUAAUCAACAGAUCACUUAUUGGCGUGCAUUAUCCUAUCGAUUGAUGAAUAUUUCUUCCAAUGCACCAUGGUUUACCAACUACCCUAAUAUAGAUCAUUGGCGGUUAUGUGAACUAGAGACAGCUUGUCGUAUGCGACCAAAGUUGGAACCGAAUUUAAACUUUGAUCUACAUAUGAAUGCUAGCGCUGAAAGAGAUGGUAUAUGUUUAUCAUACAUAAUGCAGUCACAACUAUAUCCUUUUUCAUUGAGUAUUAAUACUUCUGAAUCUGAAACAACCGUUAGGCCUAAUCGAUACUCUCUGUCUACAUUAGAAACUCCUUGUUCUGAUUCUAGUGCAGAUCAACUUGUCAAUGAUGAUCGAAAUAAAAUCUAUUUGAUGAGUCAUUUGAUUAAACGUCCUCAACUUUCAAAUCAAUCAUCCACUGAAGAAUUUGAUGAUCACGAGGAGUCUAUUUCGAAUGAUGAUGAUGAUGAUACGAGGAAACGAAUUCGGGAAUUCGCUACUGAUAAUAACAGGCGGGGAACUUUAGUACCUGAUUUGUCUUUAAAAACUCCAACUUGUGACAACUAUCCUCAAGGACAAUCUGCUAUUCUUUUUCAAGCGGGUCAGAUGACUGAGACUAACACUGAUGAUAUGAAAACUAGUCCAACAAGGAAUGCUUCACCUUUUGUUUGUGCUAAAAUAAUCCAUCACAAUGAAUCGUCACAGUCUUCAAUCAGUGAAACAUUCAGAAAUUCUUCCGCUAAUAGCAUUCCUCAAACACAGAAGGGUAAAGGAGUCCUAUUGAGUGUCAAUGCCCAACUUGUCACAGCAAUUAAAGUAUUUCAAGGUGUAUUGACGUUAACACAGAAUCGGUUGACAUUUGAAGCAUCCAUUGAUAGUUUGAUUUCAUCAGCUGAAAUGGAUAUUACUACCAGUAGUAGUGGAUUGAAUCCUAUCAAUAAUAAUGCUUCAGCCGCUCAGUUUUUCCUUCCAACUGGCUAUAAAGUUGUUAGUCUAAAAAUUAAUGAACAGGAAGCGAAAUCAGAUGAUUCAUCCAGUUUACUGUGUAUUCAGUAUACUUGGUCAUUAUCUAAACUGCGCGAAAUACACUUACGUCGCUACAAUCUGCGUCGUUCUGCUGUUGAAAUAUUUCUUGAAAACAAUUCUAAUUACUUCUUUAAUUUCGAAACUAAAAUUCGUAAUAAAUUCUACUCACUUAUUAUGAGUUUACAAUUACCCAGAAUGAUUUACACUGAAGGUCGUAAUCCUAGAGAAGUGCUCAAAUUAUCUGGACUAACAGAACGUUGGAUGAAUCGAGAAAUAUCAAAUUUUGAAUAUCUUAUGCGUUUGAAUACAAUAGCUGGUCGUACGUUCAAUGAUCUUGGCCAAUACCCUAUAUUCCCUUGGAUUUUGGCAAACUACACUUCAUCUGAGAUUGACUUAAAUUCGGAGCAUACUUUUCGUGAUUUAUCUCGUCCAAUAGGAUUAGCGAAUCCUAAGUUCAUUAAGGAAAUUAGAGACAAAUAUAAUUCAUUUGAAGAUCCUAGUGGAAUGAUACAGAAAUUUCAUCAUGGAACGCAUUAUUCCAGUGCUGCUGGUGUACUUCACUAUCUUGUUCGUAUGGAACCGUUUACAACGUAUCAUAUACACUUGCAUGGAAAUAAAUUUGAUGUUGCUGAUCGUCAAUUCUAUUCUAUACCAAGUACUUGGCAAUUUAUACUUGACAGUCCAAAUGAUAAUAAAGAGUUAAUUCCAGAGUUUUUCUUCUUUCCUGAAUUCCUGAGAAACAACGAUAACUUUGAUUUGGGUUGCCGUCAACACAAUCAACUCCCCAUAAAUAAUGUUGAAUUACCUGCUUGGGCGUCUACUCCAGAAGAGUUUAUACGUAAACAUCGUGGUGCUUUGGAAUCCGAUUAUGUUUCUGCCCAUUUACACUUGUGGAUUGAUUUAAUCUUUGGUUACAAACAACGUGGUCCAGCUGCAGUUGAAGCGCUGAAUAUAUUCAAUUUUGUCACUUAUGAAGGUGCUAUAGAUCUGGAUAAGAUCGAAAAUGUUUAUGAACGUGAAGCUAUGGAAAGUAUGAUACAAAAUUUUGGACAAACACCAAGUCAAUUAUUCAAAGUACAACAUCCAAAACGUUUAACUCAUACUGAAUGGUUAUCAAGCUUAAUUAAUCAACGUAGAUUACCGGUGAUCAAUUUAUUAACAAUUACCGGAUCAAAUAUUGACCAUUUGAAUUUGGAACACAGUGAAUCAAUUCAACGAAAAUCACAACAAGAAACAGUUUAUACACCGAACUCCUCUAGAACAUCAACAUUCUUUCAACGUAUGCUAUUUGAUACUAGUGGAAAUGAAUAUUUCAAUUCAAUCUUGACUACACAUACAUUAGUUGAUCAGAUGGAAUUACUUCCACAAGAUAAUACUUCACUGAAACAAUUAAUUCAUCAAAAUUGGACUAUCACUAAAUCUCUUUCUGUUGACAAUAUAGCAUUGUCUAUACAAGUAUUGAAAUUUGCCAGUAAAAGUGUAUUAACCUAUUUGACUCCAGUAUAUCUUGCUGUUGUACCAGCGUUUUGUCGUCCACCAAGAACAGAUUCAAAUAUAUUUAAUUUUUCAGAGAAUAAUUUAAAUUCUGAAUCGAAUCAUCAGUCAGUUAGUAGUAAUAGUGGUUUAAAGGCCCGUUUACUUUCAACGGUAAAUUUUGAAUCACCUGGUCCAUCAUCUUUAUUUAAAAGUCCAAAUGUAUCAGGUACAUCAAAAUCCUAUUGGGAGCGUCUGGCUUCAGCAGUCUUUAUGCUAAACAAUCGAGGUAUGCAAAUGAUGGAUGACACAGGAAACAAUGAACCUAUGGAACCAUAUAAUCUAUUAUGUGAUUCUAACCACCAGCAACAAUAUGGGUCUAUUGGACCACUUGAUCACUCAUGGAUGCAGUUUAUCUUGAAGACAAAUUACACAAACCUUGACAGUAUUUUUAGUUUGAAUUCAAAUAAGAUCAAAGAAUCUUCAUCAUCAUUAUUAUUUACAAAUCAUGUUGUUGGUUCACAGUUAUUUACCUUAAGUCUUGAUGACAGAUGGCUUUUUGCUGGUGGACGCUGGGAUGGACGUUUAACAAUCUAUAACAUGCAUAAAUCUCAAGUGGAAGCCAUUCUAACUAGUCCACAUUCAGAUACUAUAAGUUGUGUCAACAUCGAUUCUGCACGGAGUUUAAUUGAUCGUCUACCAUUUAUAAAUCGUGGUGAUUAUGAAAAAAUGGAUAAGUUAUCAACAACAGGUCAAGUAAUGAAUACAACUAGAACACGAUAUAUCAUCACUGGUAGUCGUGAUGGGACAUGCGCUAUUUGGGAUUUCGAUAUGUUAGAUGGUGAUGAAGAUGAACAAAUCACUGAAACUAGAUCUGAUGAAGCACCAUUAUCUAACAUUAGUGUAAAUGAAUCACAGUUUUCUGCUUUCAGUCAAAAAGUAUCACGAAAGAACAAUGAAUUUUUUGGUAGUGCUGAUUGUCUUGAAUCUAUUACAACAUAUGUUAGUGAAUCACCACGUACUAGUGUUGGACAGGGUCCACGAUCUGCUACAUUAGCACGAACUAGAAGUAUAUCAUCUGGAAAUAUUGUAGAGGAUAAGUCUAGUGAACAAACCUUACCAACAAAAUUACUUUCGAAUAAAAUAUGCUUACCUCAAACAGGUUGUAUUAUACAAUAUAAAAAUGCUGGUAUAGCAUUCUAUCCUCCAAGAUUACCAAUUUCUUCGAAUUAUGCAAAACCUAAGUCAUUAGCAAAAAUUAUUAGGUUUUUUCAUGGGAAUGGAUGCGGCAAUCCAGUCACAUGUGUUGCUUUAAAUAUCUUCUUGGAUACUGCCUUAAUGUCUACAGAUUAUAGCAGAGAAGUUUAUUUAUUCAGUGCAAAAUUGUCCACUUGGUCACGUGUACUAAAGUUAGGUGAUGUUGCAAUGGAAGCUGAUGGUUUACAUUUUCCAAUUUAUACACAUCCUAAGUCACAGAUAUUCUCUUAUUCAUAUACAUAUUCUGUGCAUCAUUUAUUGGUGGCACCAAGGUUGGGUUUAAUUUAUGUACAAUGGAAUUAUACUCCCCAAUUAUUUGCAAGUAAAUCAUCCAUUGGUGAACAAGAGGUUGGACCGCAUUUGAGUUUAUUCAAUCCUACAGGUGAGAAAUUAUCAGAAGUAGCUCCAUUAACCUACACUGAUGACUAUGCAAAACUAAGUCUUCAAGAACGUAGACAAGCUGUGGUCACUAGAAUGUCGCUUACUUCAACACCAAUAACAUCAAGAAGUCAUUGCAAUGAUAAUAUUAAUAAUAAUAAUAAUAAUAAUAAUAAUAAUAAUAAUAAUAAUAAUGAUAACAGUUGCUCUGAAAAACAAGAUAAUUCGGAUACAGAUAAUCAGAGGUGUAUUAUUUCCCAACAUAUUCUCAUAUCGUUCAACACAGGACAUUUGAUUAUAAUGCUAGCAGAAACAUUGGUACCUAUACGAUGUUUAAGGUUAGAAGAAGGAAUUACUGAUAUGUCUUUGGCUUCAAGCCUAACAGCCAGAGGACAUCUUAUUGAAGGUUUCCAUCUCAUGAUAUCUCUUGUCAAUAGUGAUUUAGUUGUCUUUAGAUCAGUUCGAAGGAAAAAUAAGUAA